AUGAGUUCCUAUUUUGUUAACUCAACUUUUCCCGUGUCUCUACCGGGAGGACAGGACUCUCUCCUGGGUCAGAUACCGCUCUAUUCCUCGGGAUACACGGAUCCGUUAAGACACUACUCCAGCGCGGCCACAUAUGGAGCAGCAGCCAACAUGCAGGACAAGGUUUACCCGGCGUCCUACUACCAGCAGACGGGCGCCGCGGCCAUCUACGGCCGGGCCGGUGGCGGAGCCGCCUGCGACUACAACCCGGUGGGGACUUUCUACAAGGACGCGGAGGGUUCGUGCGCCUUCUCGAGCCGCGAGGACCAGCCGCUGUUCGUCACGCAGGAGCACCAGCAGCGCAAAGCCGAGUGCCCGGAGCAGAGCGUCGGCCUGGGCGGCGGCAUCGACGACAAGUCCCCCUCUCUCAUCUACCCGUGGAUGCAGAGGAUGAACGCCUGCUCCGCCGGCCCGUUCGGCAGCAGUGGCCGCAGGGGCCGACAGACCUACACCCGCUACCAGACCCUGGAGCUGGAGAAGGAGUUCCACUUCAACCGCUACCUGACCAGGAGGCGCCGGAUAGAGAUCUCCCACGCCCUGUGUCUGACGGAGAGACAGAUCAAAAUCUGGUUCCAGAACCGCAGGAUGAAGUGGAAAAAGGAGAACAAGCUCCUGAACCCCUCGAAGACCCCGGAGGAGGAGGAGGAGCAGGCGGAGAAGAAGAGCUAAAGGGACACUGGCGCACAGAAAUACAAUAAAAAAACAAAAAAAAUGAAAUGUGUGAUUCCUCUGUAGAUGAAGUGCUGCGAACCCCCUGUUAGAGACGUGUCGAGUGAUAGUGUCCGCACGGUUAUACUGUCUGCAUUAGGUUCCGAUCAGGUCCUCCUCUGUCUGUCCUUGUGCUCGUGUCUUUUUAUUUAGAGGACUAUGCAAA